UCGACCGCCUCGCCUUGUCACCUGCCGGCUUAUCCUCGAAUUCACAGCCACCGAAGCACAAAGCAGAAGAUACUACGAUUGUACAGACAUAUCCCAGUCCCACACCAUCCACAACAUCCAUUCCUGGAUAACGGUUGACCGCUCCACAAUGGGUAGGACAAGCAAUCAGCAGCACCGGACUUUCAAUCACAACUCGUCUCAAAAUCUGCCCAUCUUCUAAGAAUGUGCCAUCUACAAUGGAACGCUCCGAUCAGCAUGGCGGAAUUCCAAGGAGGGCAUGUGGUCAGUCGACCCGACAGUCUGUCCGUUUGCCAGGAAUACAACUACAAUGCCAUGGUCUAGACUUAUUAUACAAGGUUGUCGCCUGUUCCCAGAUGUUAGACAAUGUCUUCCGCCCUCGGAUAGAUCCACGAGUAAGAAUGAAGCUGGUCUCCAGGAUGACUGCUGGCCUCGUGUUUGUUCCAAUCCCCGGGACAUUCAACGUCACUCGAAUGGCUCUCUCUCUCUGCUCGGCAACCGAAUGCAUCCCGGCGUUGUGUGCAAGGCCCAGUCGCACAGCUAGCAUCAGAUGCAACACCUAAGCUUUCCCUGCUUCUGGAGAAAUAGCAAUCCGGACGGGAUAACGGCAUGCUCGCAGCUACAUUGGGGUCCUUUGGC